ACAAAAGAUCUCCGGCAGCCCGCUCACCGGGCAUCCAUUUAUGCCAUCGAUCACGCAUCAGACGACGGCAGACGGCAAAAGUGAACAAGACAACAACGACAACAACAACAUAACCGAACCUUACCACAGCCCCCCUUGGUUCCCGUCUACCUACCUACACUGCCCUGGGCUGCGGUCCAGCAACAGCCUAGAACCAGCAAGCACCCUAUAACCACAGGCCCAUCCAGGGAACACGUAUCGGGGCCCGCUUCGUUGUUUCCACAUCUCUUUCCCUCCCUCUUGCGUGCAGCACAAGUCUCGGGAUUGGCAGGGAAGCCGCACUUUGGCUCUCCUCACCGAAUAACAAGCUUAACGCACCUUGGGGCCGAUUUUCAGGUCUCCAUCCAGGUCCCCAGCGGCUAGACAGACUAGCUGCUUGCUAGGUACCUACACAGUCAAAAGAGGCGGCGAAACAUAACAAGCGUGUGAAUGCCCAUUUGUGACUAUACAAGUUCAGCUGAAGCCCGCGUUCGAGGUCUCUUCUUCCAUCCUGAACUCCCGACCUGAAUUACUUACUCCUUCUCAGUCAGUACCAUCUUCGUAAUAAUACCUAAUCACUACCUGCCUGCCUACAUACACACAUUCGUUCUUGUCACAAACAAACCACCCGUACCUGCCUUACUUAAUACCCAAACCAACCAAGCACGCUUAAUACAUCCAUCCAUCCCCCCCACUCGCAGACAUAUACCUCCUUCCAAUACCUGGCCAGACCUAGACCUGCCCAGUCACACAUAACACACACACACACACUCUCUCUCUCUCUCGCUUUGAGCUCGAAAACCUGACAACCGGUACAUAUUUAUUUACACCCGUCUGCACUUUGUUGUUGCACGCCCGAGCGAGCAUUGGCCGUCAUACAGAACACACAAAGGCAAACACAACACCGAGUCCUCAUAUCACAACAUCACAGCCUCACCACCACACAUCAACAUAGACACGAUGGGAGAUCGAUCUCCAUACCCACAACGACCUAGGCCAGGCGGAGGACCGGGGCACAUGAGGGGCUUCUCUGUCUCGGAUGACAGACUCAGCAAUGUCAGCAGCAGCACGGGAAGCACUAUUAGCACCGCCAGCACCGCCAGCACUGCCAGCACCGCUACUCCCACCAACAGAACUUCGAGCUGGCCUCUCCAACUCACAAACAGACGGGGACCUCCUCAAAACGGUCAGCCAAAGUCUAUCCUCCGAAGGGGCGGCCGCCCACCACCAACGCCGUCUCGUGCUCGACGAAACUCGGACUCAUCGUUGGCCUCGUCCAACAUCCCCGAAGUAGGAAGCGGUUCCGAGACGGGCGGCUCUGAUGUCGGCAGCUCUGUUCUCUCGGGCGGCCCUACCAUGAUGAACCCCAUGGCCAUGAAUGGCCAGCCCAUGGCGACGAGCCUACAGCAGAAGCGCCUCUCCAUGCCUUCCCGGAUACCCUCUCCGGCCAGACUUUCCUCUCCGUCACGGAUACCCUCUCCUCGAUUGCCAUCACCUGCUUCCCGCAUACCCUCGCCCAGCCCUCAUAUGGCUCUUCAAAGAGUCCCUUCAAGGGGAGGAGCUCCCAUGCCCUCUCAGAUCCAUCUGGCCCCUGGAAUGCCCGGACGCCCUCCCCUUCCACACCACGCAACCACCGGUUCGAUUGGCCUCCCGCGCAGGGUGCUCAGGGCCAAGAUCCCUAUAAUCAACCUCCCCGAAGAACGUCGUGCCACCGUUAACCUACGCCCCUCCCGGGUGCCAACCCCUCCUCAGGGCCCUCACGAUGGUCCCUACGGCCCUCCUCCUAGUAAUGUGCGCACUAUUCCUGCGCCACGCUAUGUCCUUGACAACCGACCCCACGAUUAUCACGAUCAGGAUACCGAAACCGAGUCCGUUUCGGAAUCCUCGAUGCACUCCAACAGCACCAGCACUCUGGCUACUACGGUCGACUCGAGACUCUCUCUUUCGGACUGCGCCAGCGAUGUAACACCAACCAGCAUCUUCAGAUCCUCCUCAAAGUCCAACAAGUCAGCACACUCUACCGUCCGGUUUACCCGUAGCACCACUGGGUCUGAUUCGGAUGACACCAGCGUUGCUAGCUCCAACCACCCACCUCGCAGUUCGCAGCUUCGCGUGCCGCAACCAUCUCCCCGCCCCUCGUCGCGGACUGACAUGGUCGUUGCCCGAACAAACAGUGAGCCUUUGCCAUCUGUUAAGAUCAGGGUGCAUCACCGGAGUUCCAGCCAAGAAGAGCUGAGGCAACAACAGUUGAUGGAGACAAACCUUAAGCGCAAGAUCGCCAACCUCGAGAUUGAGGUCAGGGAGCUGCGCAACGGACAAAGCGUGCUGCUGAGCAAAGAACACGAGCACAAGGAGUCCGAGCUGGAGCUUCUUCGCAAGAUUGAUGAGCUCGAGACCGAAGCGAGAGGCCUGCGUGAGAACCAGGAAAAGCUUCUGGAUGAGAAGUAUGCGAAGGCUUGGUACCAGAAAAACAAGGAGGAGAACCUUUUGGGUAAAAUGAACCAGCUGGAGGAAGAGAACAGGAAGCUGCGCAAUGGCCAACACAACCUCAAGUCGCAGCUCAGUGACAAGGAGGCCGAGGUGAUUCACCUGCGUGACGAUCAGCGCAAACUCCGGGAGGAGCUUCAGGAGAGCAUGGCCGAGGUGGCGGAACUUCUUGAGGACCAGGCCGCCCUGGAGGAUGAUGUCGAGGCAAUGCAGAACGAAAGAGACGACGCUUACCACGAAAAGGACGAGAUUGUCGCCAUGAUGGAGGCAGAGAGACAAACGAUGGACGAGCUUCAACACCACCUUAAUAUGCAAGGCCGCAGGAUGGCGGAGCUGGAGCAACAACUGAACGCUACGCGUGCGGAAAAGGCUGAGAUGCAAGCUGAGCUACAGGGCAAGCUUGACAACGAAACCAGAACCGCCGCCGAGUACAAAACUACCUGUGCAGCAACCAGCGCAAUGCUCAGCGAAGUCCAGAAAGAAAGGGACGAUCUCAAGGAGACUAGCAAAACCCUCAAGGCUACCGUCACCCGUCUGGAGGAAGAUAUCAAAUCCCUGCAGGGAGAUCGGUCCGAACAUGAGGUUCGUCUCAUGCAGCAAAUCUCGACUAUGAGGAUCACGAACAAUGCCCUCGAAGAGCAACGUGAUUUGAGGGACAAGGAGAUUGAAAAGUUGAACACCAGCCUCGAUGAGUUGAGGAUCACCAAAGAAGUGCUUCUUGGCGAGGUUGCCACUCUCACCGAUGCGAAGCACCUUGGCGACCAGAUGCGUCAAAAGCUGAUUGAUGAUGCUGCGGAGGACAAGCAGAAGCUCGCUCUGGCGGCAGAGAAGGCAGAGAUGGAGCUUAGACAGCGAAUCGCCGAGCUGGAGAAGGAGAAGGCGGAACUGGAGGAGGCCAAGGCCGCAGUGGAAGCAGCUCGGGCUGACUUGGAGAGCAAGCUCACCACAGCCGAGGCUAGGUCCACCGCUCUCACCACGCGCAUUGAUGAGCUUGAGAUGUCCAGUGCCGGUCAGAGUAACAAGGUCGGCACGUUGGAGGGUGAAAUUGCCGUGCUCAAGGCUGAAGGUGUCAACCUCCGCAUGCUGAUCGAGGGUCUCGAAUCCGACAAGGCUGGCCUGAAGAAGCAAAUUGAGGAUCUGGAGGCUGAGAGGUUGAAUGGACGGGUACUACUCACCACCCUCAACACCGAUCUGGCGGGAGCGCAGACUGCCAACGUGUCGAUUGCCACUCAAAAGCUCAAUGCCGAGCAAGAGUUGGCGAGAAUGCGCGAGUCUCUUGAGGCCGCAAAGGGCAACAUGAUGACGCUUUCUGGGCUCAACGCCGCUCUCCAGGCCGAGGCAGACAAGGUUCCAGGUCUACAAAGCGCCAAGGCUGAGCUGGAAUACCAAGUUGCCAACCUCAGCGUUUCCAAGGUCGAGCUGGAGUCCAAGGUCACUGAGCUGGAGGCCAAGGUUGCCGAGUUCGAGACUCGUGUCGCGACGCUACAAAGCGACGCAGACAAGGUCCCCGCCCUGGCUGGCGAGAGGGACGCAGUCCGUGAAGUGGUUUCUGAACUUCAGGACAAGGUGUCCAGGCUGGAAGCGAAGCUUAACAAGGCGCAGGCUGAGGCCGACCAACUCCCUUCCAUCAUGGCAAACAGGGAGGAGCUUGUGAAGCGGGUGAGGGAGCUCCAAGACAAGGUUAUUCGACUUCAGGACGAACUCAACUCGGAUCCCGACGUGACUACCGCGGAGCUCAGGGCCGAGUUGGAUGCAAAGCACCAUGAGAUCGAGCGUCGGAUGGAGGAGGCUGCUUACCUGAGAGACCAGAACAACCGUCUUGCGGCCCAGCUGGGCUCAGCUCGCGGCCAGCUCGAGGGUCUUCAAACGUCACUGGUCGUCGCUCACCACCAUCGCAAAUCCAGCCGCGACAGCAGGUCUCGGGCGUCGUCGCGUGAUAGGUACGAGGAAAAGUCGAGCAGCAGCAGGAGCAGGAGGAAGAAGGACAAGGAUAUGGUCGUCGUGCGGAACUCCAGCGACAGAAGCGCCGUGUCAGUUUUACUUCAUUACGCCGCCGGUAUCUAAAGGAACCUUGAGCUGACAACGGCCAGGGAAUACAGAGACAGGAAGAAACACAAGGAAAAGAGGAAGUCGCUCUGGCUUUGAGCGCUAGACGUUUUUCCGCCCCGCCACCGGCCAACCGGUAUUUCCGCUCUUUCUUUUUUUCUUUUUUCCCCUUUCCUGCGAUGUCCGACCAUCACCUACAAACUGUGUCCAUGACACAUACUCACAUUUCGCGAUUUGUCAUUUGCGCAAUUUGCCAAAUCAGCUUUCACUUGUUCAUUUGUCUUCAUGUACAACCACUUCAACAUUCCUUUUGUAUGAGCUCUCCUUGUAUCUUAUGGACAAGCUUCAGGAGUGGUUUUCACGUUGGAUUAAAAAAGAGAAGAAAAGGGCAAGGCAUCGUCAUUUUUGGCAUACACAUACAUUAGCAUGGCAUCUUGUGGCGCGAAGCGCAACUAUAAGAUAGAAAGUGAAUGGGCGGCAAGCGCGAAGGAGGUCUUUUUUUCAUGGCUUUUUAUGACGGUUAACGAUAGGAUCAUGACCAGGGCAACUUGUUUGGGCUACAGUUAGAAACGCGGUGGUCAUGUGUACAAGACGAGAUGAUUGUAGGAUACCCCGAUAUUGAAGGUAAUGGAGGAGGAUCAAACCGGAGGACAUUGGAUGAUAAUAAUACAAGACUUUGGACUUGGG